AUGGCUCUGAAUAAAUUCGGCAGAGACAUUCGGUUACUCAAUCUUCUUAUGCUGAUAGUCCUCGUCGGCCAACUUUCAGGUUCGGAAGAAUGGUCGGAUUACUUUCAUUGGGCAGAACGCGUUCCCAAGAUCGACGAUAUCUUCUUGCGCCCUGGAUCAUCAGUGGUCACGGCGGCUGGAAAAGCUGAAGACUCGACCGAUCAUUUACACCCUAACGGCAUUCCAGUCAGGCCAUCAGCUAUCCACCCCCACCCCCCACCAGCCUACUAUCCUCCCCAAACUACUGCUGAAGAACUUCCCGCUCGCUCCCUGGCUAGGCUAGACCCGUCGCUUGGCCCCGACAAACCCCAUGGUCCCAAUUUGGGGGAUACCCACGACCUCGAUUACCUACAAGAGCUUUCCAGAGAUGGGACACCAGGCUCGGAUGGCCCUGUGGCUGCGGAGGCCUCACAGGUUCAUUCUGGUAUGCCGCAUGAUAUGGACAGCCAUUGUCAUACAAUCAUAGACGCUGGUCCGUCAGACGUGCCCGCCGUCUCCGACGAUUCCUUCCCCCCCUCCUCCGAGGCAACCUCCGAACUCAAUCAAAGAGACCAGCCUGCGGUGGAAAGUCUCAAACCUCAGACCGGUCGUGGUACCCGAAAGAGGAAACAUGGGGACAACCAGCCUGCGGCGGAAAGCCUCAAACCUCAGACUGCUCGUGGUAACAUUGCGACAACGGCCUAUCCAACUUGCAAAUCCCACAGCCUUCCCAAGAACCCCAACGGCCACAGCUCAUUCGAAUGA